AUGUACAGCCUAAACGAGUAUAACGAAUCGAUACUCGAAAGAGUAGACGAAUGUUCAUUGUUGGAUAUGUUUAUCAAUGCAAUGAAACAUCACUCUGAUGAAUUGGAUUCGUUUGAUCAUGUUGAUGACAAGUCAAUAAGAGAGAGUGCUAUCUAUAUUGCAUUGGCUGGAAGCAGAUCAUUCAACUUGGACAUUGAGACCAGCGAUCAAGACUUUACUGCUGUGCGACAGGCAUCCAUCAACUCUGUUCUCUCGAUCGAUGGUCCCAAGGAGAUUGUUCAUCAUUUAAAGCCUGACAUUAGCAUCUAUGAGCUGAGACACUAUGCCAAACUGUUGCUGUUGGGCAAUCCUAAACAGGUAGAGUCAUUGUUCACCACAAGACUAUGCUACCUCUCUGAUCAUUGGAAGGCACUGCUACAAUGUCGACAGGCAAUACUCUCAAAUGUAGUGAUCGAUCAUUACUACUCCACCAUCAAAGCAUUGGUUGGUGAUGUAACUGACAUUAUAAACAGUCGAGAAGUAGUAGAUAGUUCAGUUGAUCAGUCAAACAUCAAGUCCAAACCAAUGAGUGCUAAACAACAAAGAAUGGUGGAGAAAAACAAGUUACAACGUGUACUACAACAUCAGGAGCAGAGAGACGAUGAAUACAAGUUGAACAAGAGAGCAUAUCAUGCCUUGAGACUGAUGAUAGAAGUGGAGAGAUUGUUGGACAAUGGUACACCUUUGGUCUGGUUCGAAGAUGGUCCUGAGCGUGACCUCUUGUUGCAAGUGAGACGAGGUGAUAUUGAUGAUCAACAAAUACUAAAGUUGAUCCAACCACGUUUCCAAAGUCUUGAGGAGACAUGGACACGACAAAGACAGAGUCCUAACUAUCAUCUAAAGGAUACGAGUGACAUUGAGAAGGUCAGCAACUGGCUGGUUUUAAUUAGAAGGCAAUCAAUAGACUCGGACACAUCAGAACGAUUCACUUAUCGACCAAAUACAACAACCACUACAACACCUCAACCAUUGAUGUUGGCCAAUCAACUACUACAGUCAUCUGGUGUCAAUGGUACACUUCUCUUCAUGUCCAAAGUUGGUAGUCAUUUGUACAAUCUGAACAACAACAACGCCGAUGAUAACAGCAGUAGCAGUAUACAUGACUGGAUUGGAAUCUAUGCAGCACCUACUGAUCAGGUAGUGUCACUGUUCCCUCCACCCAUCAAGGUGGAACAGAUGAAUGGUGUCACAUUGUCAAAGGAAUGGGUGGCCAGAGACUUGUCCACUCCACCCAAACCUCAACCCCAACCAACCAAGGACAUCACUACAAAGGGUAUAAUACUAUAUGAGGUGUCCAAUGCCAUCGAAUGUAUCAUGCGUGGCAACUAUCGACUGUUGGAAUGCUUCUUGACUGAACAAGACAAAGCCACAUCAGAUACACUCUAUGAAACAGAUGCUUGGAUGGCGAUCAAGGAACCAAUCAGAAGACUGAUCACUGGCAGACAUCUGGCACAGUCAUACUGGGGCGUCGGUCAGAAUGAAUACCUCAAAGCACGAGACACUCUGGGAAUGAAGAAGUUGCAUCAGGGCAAGAAGAAGCCUAAAGGGUACACACUUGACAAUGUAGACAAUAUUGAUCACAGUACAGUCACGAAACAACAGUUGGACGAAGUAUCAAUCAAUCUCUACUUUGCUCUAAGACUACUGUGGCAAUGUGAAAAGGUACUGGAUGGACAGUCACGACCAUCACUGGCACUUGAAUAUAGAGAUGAGAAGCGACAAACACUACUAUCACUCAAGAAUCAAUUGAUGAGUCACUCCAUAGACAACAUCCAAGUGUUGAUGGGGUCAUGCAGACUGUUAAUCGAGAGCACUAAUGAUAGACUGGAGAUACUGAGAGUUGAACAGCGAUCAGAUCACCUAGCAGGUGAGUUCAAGUCAUUAUUUAAUCAAUGGCUCAUAAAGGUUCGAAAGGGUCUUUGA